AUUGAAUUUGGAAUUCAUGAAAACCAGUUUAAAUUUGAAGAAGAUUUUAUUUUUUCUUCUACUGAAUGGGAUCAUGAUUUUAAUUUAGGAGAGUAUACUAUACAUCCUUUCGAUAAUAAAAAUGCAAAGUGGUCUUUAGAAACUUUAUUUGUUUCUAACUUAGAAUCCUCUUUAUUUUUGGGAACUGAUCAUAUUUUUACAGAUAUGAAAUAA